UUCAACUGCAGCUUCAAAUAGAUCUCUCAUAGACGCUAGACUAACAAAGAUGUCUGCCCAAAACUCAGCUGGUAUUCAGACCCUCCUGGACGCGGAGAGGGAAGCACAAAAAAUCGUACAAAGCGCCCGAGAAUAUCGCACAAAACGCAUAAAGGACGCGAAAGCCGAAGCACAGAAGGAGAUCGAAGAGUACAGAAGACAGAAAGAACAGGAAUUCAAACGGUUCGAAGCUGAGCAUUCGAGUGGUAAUAAGAAGGCUGAGGAAGAGGCCAACAAAGACGCAGACGUCAAGCUUAAAGACAUUCAGGAAGCGGGCAAAGCAAAAGGAGAGCGUGUUGUUGACGACCUGAUCCAUGCAGUUCUGGAUGUGAAGCCGGAGGUCCCAGAGAAACUUGCAGCAAACGCCUAAGAUCGGGUUCAGAUAGAUGUUUUCUCGGUGUUUUAGUCUUAUCUUUGCCAGUUGUCCGAUCAUUAGAUACCACUAGCCUUUAUGGGAGGGUUGUUGAAGCUACUGCACCAGGGCAGCUUGCUGCGGGUAUUUCUUGUUCCACGACGCUCCAUGGCCUGCGAUUUUGGUAGAGGGUUCAGUUACAGCAAACGCAUUUCAGUUUACUCCGUACAGGUUCUAAAAUUUAGAAUUUCUACGGAAGGGAGCAUUGAGGUGGAUCAUGGGACUUUCACGGAAGGGAGUCAGUUUGGCCGUCGUGUCAUAGUCGCCGAGAUGGAGUGGUCUUGAGGAAGACAAGGAUCAAGGCGCCUAUCUAUCUACAAAAUGCUGCCCAAACAUA